UGUGCAAGGACAAAAGGCGCGAAAGUUAUACACGCACUGUCACUUCGUUCUCCCAUUUCUAAUCAAAAACUGCAAUCAUAGCCAUGUCUGAAACUGCUCAAACCACCACUCAAAAUACAGAAUGCCCAGAGAAGGCUGACAUCGACACAGUGGCAACAGCCACGACACUCCUUGCCACCGGGAAGCGCCACCUUCUCUGUGGUGAAAUCCACAAUGCCAUCGAAAGUCUACAAGAAUCCUGUCGCUUGCUAGCGGAGAAGUUUGGUGAGGCUGCAGAUGAGUGUGGUGAGGUGUACUUCUUCUAUGGGAAAGCUCUUCUGGAGCUCUCUCGAAUGGAAAGUGGUGUUCUUGGAAAUGCUCUCGAUGGAAUUCCAGAGGAUGACAAAGAAGAAUCACCUGAAGAAGAUACAGAAAAAGAGGCCAAGCCUGCAAAAGAUCCAAAAGAAGACCAGGUUGAAGAUCCUGCAAAAGUCCCAGAGGAAAAGCAUGAAGAGAUCUCUGAUGCAGUGAUUGACGCCUUGUGUGAGGCUGGCGAACCAAAGAAAAAGGAGGAGGGAAGUGACGAAGCAGAUAAAGAGGCAGGGAAAGAAGACACAGAAAAAAUGGAAGUGGAAACUAAAGACACUGAUAAGGAGAAGGAAGAAAAGAAAGAAGAAACAACAGAGGUGAAGAAAGAUGAAGAAACAAAGCCUGACGAAACAAAGGCUGAUGAAACGAAGCCUGACGAAACAAAGCCUGACGAAACAAAGCCUGACGAAACAAAGCCUGACGAAACAAAGCCUGACGAAACGAAGCCUGACGAGGAGGACAAAGAAAAGAUGGAGACUGCUGAAACAGAUACAACAAAGAAAGAUGGAGAAACGAAAGAUGAUGACACAGCGGAGGAUGAGGACGAUGAUGAAGGGGAUGACGAUGAUGAAAAUAAAGAAAACGAAGAGAAAGCAGAGGAUGAUAUCUCAAAUAUCCAGCUCGCCUGGGAAAUGCUCGACUUGGCGCGUGUCAUCUUCGCACGGUGCAGUACGAAAGAAAUGCAGCUCAAGGCAGCACAGGCCUACCUCAAACUUGGGGAAGUUGGUCUGGAAUUAGAGAAUUAUGAGCAAGCCAUAAAUGACUUCAAGGACUGCCUAAAGAUCCAACUCGAGCAUCUCGAAGCCUCUGACCGUCUGUUAGCGGAGACACACUACCAGCUUGGUGUUGCUAACUCGUACAAUAAACAGUACAAGGAAGCCAGGGAAGAAUUCACACAGGCCAUGAAGGUCAUUGAGGAUAAGAAAGUGGCGUUACAAAAGAUCAUCGAUGACAACAAGGGCAAAGAGAAGAAGGAAGGAGAAGAGGACCCAGCAACCGCUGCCCAGCAGGAACUUGAUGACCUCGGUGAGAUCCUUCCUGACAUCCAGGCGAAGAUCAAGGACACAGUAGAAGAGGAAGAACAACUCAAACAGAUUGCAAAGGACGUCAUGGGUGGAUUUGGAACCGCUGCUGGGUUUGAUCAGCCUUCCACCUCAACGGAAGCAAAGCCUAUUGCCACAAAGAAGACCGAGGAGAAAGUCAAUGUUUUAGUCCCAAGAAAGCGCAAAGCUGAAGAAGAGGUUCCUGAAGCAGAUAAAGAAACGAAAAAGACAAAGCAAGAAGAUGGUUCUGGUGAUGCAGUUGUGAAUAAGACGGAAGCGACCAAUGGUACAAAUGGGAAAGAAGUCACCAACGGCACAAACGGAACACACAAAGAAAAUGGUGACACUAAAAUGGAUACGAGCGACGCCGAGGCAAAGAUCGUGACGAAGACAGUGGAGGAUGUGAAGAAGCAAACGGAAGGCGAAGCAACUGCCUGAGCAGUGUCAUGAUGGUCAGAAGCUGGCUGAACUAAACCCCAUCAGUAAUAUUGUGUUCCACAUCUUGUUUCAAGCCCACUAAGUGUUGGAGCUCUCGUGAUAAAUCUUAAAGAUUUGGCUGGGGGAGUUGUGUGCAUUGGAGAGACUAACAUGCCACCUCCAAAAUGUGCAUUUUCGACCCUCAUUUGUUUUAUUCUCACUUUUGAAACUAGAUAUUCAGAGCAUGAAAUGCCUACUGCCAUAGAGUCAACCUAUUACUGAUUUGGUUUAGUCUAGAACCAGGGGCAAAUGAUUGAACGAUCAGAACUAGGUCAAGCGUGACAUUCUCAUUUGGCUGUUUCAUUUUCCUUGGUCCUAAAACAUGAUGGUAGAUGCCACGGUUCUUGUUAUGAUGGUAGACGCCACGGUUCUCGUUGUGACAGUUUGUGUUGUCCCAUCCAGGCUUUCUUUGUGACUUGCCAGUAUUUUGUCACCGAGACGAUAAUCCACAGUUCCCUGUAUAAUUUCACGAGCAGCAUUUGGAAGUUGAAAGGUGCUAUUCAUACAUGUAUUAUGAAAAUGUCUGACAUGGAAACAGGAAUCCACAUUUUGAAUCUCAGGAUUGCCUCAAGUUUUUGGAGACCGUUGUGUCAAAAAGUGCUGUGUCCUCGUGGUGUUCUGCUCAGAGACUGCAGAUGAAAUGAAAUAAGAAAAGACCUGUAUAAUCUCAGGACAAAGGAGGCAUGUUUCAGUGCCUUCCAAGUCAAACUUAGCAUUCCAGUUUUCCUACUUUUGUAUGUAAUGUAGAGUAAUGAUGUAAAAAUAUUUUGAUUCUGAACAAUGCUAACAUUUCCUGUCCUAGAAGUCAAUAUUACUUUCAAAUUAAUUUGUGUACAUGUACCAGUUUGCAUUUUACCCUCAGCUUGCUAACUUGUUUCUCUCUCUGAAUGUUUGGAUGCUAGACCAAUCUUAUACAUAUCAAUUUAGAAAAAUGCAAAAUUUAAAAACAUUUGUUUUGUAAUGUUUUACCUGGAAACUCGACUGUUCUUACGUAGACUGGUAGCAACUUCUGUAAUGUAAGAAACGCAGCAAUUGUUAUACAUAUGUAUUGUUGGAGAAAAAUAUAAGAAAAUACUCAAAAGUAACGUUCGACUGAAGACCAAACUCGUGUUAAAUAUUUCAUUCAAAGUUCUCCUGAUACUUCUAGCUCCCAGCAGCUGUCCAAAAAUGGUAACAUUGUUUGCACUCAUGUUUUCCCACCGUUGUAACUUCAUCUUUGUAUUUGAAGUCGUUUCAAAUGUUGUAUGAAUGGGUGUUUUGUAUCAUUGAAGAUGACAUAUGGUGUAACAGCAAGAAGUUGAUUGAAAAGCUGAUGAGUUUGCCUGCUGAUCAUGAUGAAUUAUUCAAGGGUUAUUUAAGUUCUGAAAAAGAGAUUUUAAAAUGGUCUGGUAUGUUCCCAACAGCUACCACAUGUGCUUUGUUGUUAACAUGGAGAGUAAUUUAUUUGUUGACGGCUAUAUUGCAGUUUUUGGUAUCUGGAUAAGAUGCUUGUUGAACUCAACAAUGUGCUGAUACUUUUGUACAACAGAAUCUGUUUCUAAUGGAAGUAGGAAUAGAGGAAACUUAAAAGCAAUAAGAUACAACUCCUUACAAUUACCACUGUGAGUUUUCUGUGUAUAUUUAUUCAAUAAAAUUGUUGUGUUCAGCAGA